CGACGUGGUGGGUGCUGAGGGGUUGCGCUCGAGGCAGGGUUGCGUGCGUGGUUGUACGUCGUCUCGCUUUAUCCUCCGUCUUCCCCACCCACCCCGUAACACACGUACACGCGUGCACACGUACAUACUUCUCCUCCUUCCACCCCCCCGACUUGUCCGAGCUUUGCACUCACCUAUGUUUAUAUUGAUACACAGUCGGAAGCCGGACAGGUGAAUCAACUCGCGAUGAAGCGGGAGUGGUAGAUCCCUCUUAUCCUCUCCGCCGUUUAUACCUUUACCCUCCUGUUCACCCUUACGUAUAUUCUUCCCCGAGGAGCCUUACGACGACGGCACCGCCGAGGAUGAACGCAAAGUCGCGGAAGAGAGAGUUCGCCAGCGAUCGGCCAUACACGAACCAGUCGGCCCACGUGGAUCGCGGUCUCGUGUUCUCGUCGCUGGCACCGUUCGCACUCGUCCUCGUCCUCGCCUGCGGUUCCGACGCCUCCUACGAGACGCAGGGGCCCAGCUUCGUGACGGAACCGUCAUCCAGGGUGGAGUUCACGAAUGUGAACGGCGGCAGGGUAGACUGCACCGUGCGGGGGAAUCCGUUGCCGACUGUCGACUGGCUGGCGGCGGACGGCAGCAGUAUAAGCAACAUACCCGGUAUCAGGCAUGUCCUUGGCAACGGGACGAUUCACUUUCCCGGUUUCGAGGCCGAGGCCUUCCGGCAGGAUGUCCACUGGGCCAUUUAUAAAUGCUCGGCCGUCAACAGCGUCGGCGCCAUCGUUAGCAGAGACGUCACUGUCAGAGCAGUGGUGAACCAGCGUUACGACCCGGAAGUGCAAAGUCCCAGCGGCUUCCACGGCAACAACGUACUUAUGCGCUGCAACGUGCCCAGUUUUGUUCGCGAUCACGUCACGGUCACAUCGUGGCUUCAAGAACCAGCUUUCAAUAUCUAUCCCUCUACGUUGGGCGAUGGCAAAUAUCAUAUGCUGCCGACCGGCGAGUUGAUGAUAAUCAAUAUUACACGAAGCGACGUACAGAUGACUUAUCGGUGCAGGACGCAUCACCGGCUAACUCAGGAAACCGUCGUCAGCAGUAAUGUGGGACGCCUGCAACUGACCGAAAUUCGGGGCUCCAUGCCGCCUAUAAUAAACGAGAAGCUGGUCUACAUGUCGUCACGUCUGAAGGACACCGUCGUGAUCCCCUGCGUGGCCUACGCCAACCCUACGCCGUCGAACAGGUGGUACUACAACAGGAAUCAAAGGGAGGAGCCGAUCGAGGAGUCGUCGGGCCAUUACGUAGUGCGAGACGGCUCUCUGAUCGUGCAGAGCGUCGAAGAAAGCGACGGCGGCUCCUACAUGUGCACCGCCAGCAAUUCCGAGGGCAGCGAAACUUUGGAGAUUCGAUUAACGGUGUCUGCGCCGCUGAGCGUUCACGUGCAACCGGCGAUACAAACCGUCGAUCUCGGGAAAUCCGCGUACUUGACGUGCACCGCAAGUGGAUUUCCGCAAGCGGUGCUCUAUUGGCUGAAGGACGGUCAGCCAUUGAGAACGGGCGCCCGCGUAAGGACGGUUUCGAGGGAGCGUAUUUCCGUGACGUCGGUCGCGAGAGAGGACCGCGGCAUGUACCAGUGCUUCGUACGGAACGAGUACGAAAUAGCUCAAGGGAUUGCGGAAUUGCGCUUGGGGGAGAUCGCGCCGCAGCUGGUCUACAGGUUUAUCGAACAGACAAUGCAGCCCGGUCCAUCGGUUUCUCUGAAAUGCAGCGCCGCGGGUAAUCCCACGCCGCAAAUUUCCUGGCUGCUGGAUGGAUUUCCGCUGCCGCAAAACGACAGGCUGCUGAUUGGCCAAUACGUGACCGUUUACGGGGAUGUAAUAUCGCACGUUAAUAUCACGACGGUGAAGCCCGAAGACGGCGGCGAGUACGAGUGCAUCGCCGGCAGCCGCGCCGGCGAGGCCAGGCACUCGGCGAGGCUCAAUAUUUAUGGACUGCCAUACGUCAGACCUAUGUCGGCCGUUUCAGCGGUCGCCGGGAAACAACUAUAUAUCAAGUGUCCUGUAGCCGGUUAUCCCAUCGAAUCGAUAGUGUGGGAGAAAGGGGAUGUAAAACUGCCUACCGACAUGCGGCAAAGAGUGGCCAAUGGCACGCUGUUCAUCGAUACCGUGCAACGCAGUGCCGAUCAGGGCACGUAUACAUGCACUGCCAGAAACAAACAUAAUUUUACGUCGCAUCGCACGGUCGAAGUACGUGUUCUAGUGCCACCUAAAAUCACGCCUUUCAGUUUUGCUCGCGAUUUAAACGUAGGGGACCGUACUAGCGUACAGUGCGUAGUCGUGACCGGCGACCUACCACUGACGUUCACGUGGCUCAAAGAUAACGUCCCGAUAGAGACGGUCAGGACGACGCAGGAUGCGCCGUCGAGCAGCCGCGGUCGGUCGCCGGCCAGUCCUGGGGACGCGAUCAAGGGGCCCCCCAAGCGGGGCCCCGCCAUGACCGCCGCCGGCGCCGGGCAUGACGAAGCGUCCCAGAGAAAGAGCAUUACCAUCCGGCAAUAUGACGCUUUUACCAGCGCCCUGAGCAUUAGCACGAUCGCACCCGCGCACAAUGGCACGUACACCUGUCGCGUGACCAAUGGCGCUGCAACCGUCGCUCAUUCUGCACUCCUUCACGUCAACGUACCUCCGAGGUGGACCGUGGAACCUAUCGACCAGAACGCGGUUGUAGGUCACGGCGUCUCCAUCGCCUGUCAGGCCGAAGGAUUCCCCAUUCCGACUGUGACUUGGAAGCAAUCUAUCGGUGAAACUCCGGGUGACUAUAGGGAGCUCGGUUACGGCGGCACGGAGGGCGCCGGGAUGGCCAGAAACGGAUCCUUGGUGAUCCCGCGGGUAUCGCGAGAUCAUGCCGGAUUCUAUCUAUGCCAGGCGAGCAACGGCAUCGGGCCCGGCCUCAGCAAGCUCAUUCGGCUAACGGUUCAUGCAGGCCCCCAGGUGACAGUACGGACAAGACAGGAAUCAGUGCGAAGAGGGGAGAGCGCAAUAUUGCGCUGCGAGGCCGAGGGAGACGCGCCGCUUGAUCUUAGCUGGCGUGCCCGUGACAGCAAGAUCGAUCCUAAUUACGACGUUAGGUACGCGGUGGACAAUACGGUGGAUGCAUCGGGACGCGUCACCACCGAGCUGCGGAUCGUGCAGGCGAGCCACAUGGACCGCGGCGACUACGUCUGCGUCGCCGCGAACGCUUACGGUCACGCCAAGGCGACGAUCCAUCUGCUCGUGCAGGAGCCGCCCGAUUUCCCUCGCAAUCUGCAUGUAGCGGAGCAGGGCAGCCGUUCGAUCCUGCUGGCCUGGUCGUCGCCGGCGAGCGAUCGGGAUGCGAGCCACGCCAGCUCGCCCAUCACCAACUACAUCGUGCAGUACAAGGAGGCGCAAGACGUGUGGCAUGAGCACAACACGCAGAAGCUGGUAGCCGGAGACAACACGGUCGCUCUGGUAUCGCCCCUAAAACCCGCGACUACCUACCACUUUCGAGUGCUUGCGGAAAAUCAUCUUGGAACAUCAGCGCCAAGCGACAUCCUUCAUGUGCAAACGGAGGGCGAAGUGCCCGGAGGACCGCCUAGGCACGUCUCCGUGGAACCCCUGGGUCCGCAGCAGCUCAAGAUCACGUGGCAACCGCCGGAUCGAUCCCUGUGGAACGGCGAACUACUCGGAUACACCAUCGGCUACACCAAUCUCGGAGGAGAUGAUCAAUCGAUGAACACGACGCGGGUAGGAAUCACAGGAAACGGGGACGGCUCGCACGAUUACAGGCUAACCGGUCUGCGAAAAUAUACUCAAUAUAACAUAGUGGUGAAAGCGUUCAAUAGCAAGGGAGACGGCCCGGGAUCCGAGCCGGUGAGGGCGCACACUUUCGAGGACGUUCCAAGUGCGCCACCGCAGAAUGUGGCCUGCGCCGCGCUGACCGGCCAGAACAUCCAGGUGACCUGGAAACCGCCACCUUCCGACAAAGUUCACGGGAUCGUGCAGGGGUACAAGCUGCUGUACGAAGCAGCGAGCGGCGCCGCCUCGGAGUCGCAGACCGGCAGAGAGACGAAAAUCAGUCAUGCACUCAGCACGGUGCUGCACGCGCUCAGUCCGUACACCAAUUACACGGUGCAGGUGUUGGCUUACACCAGGGCGGGCGAGGGCGUCAGCAGCAGCCCCGUGUCCUGCACCACCGAGGAGACCGUUCCAGACGCGCCGGAACGUGUGAAGGCGGUGGUCAGCGGCGAGAACGCCGUCGUGAUAUCCUGGCUGCCGCCGCGCCGGCCGAACGGUCUGCUCACCAAGUACACCGUUUACAUCCGCGUACUAGACCAAGGUCAGGAGGUGAAGAUCAGCAAGAGCAUCUUGCCGGCGCAGAACCUGCACCACGAGGCGAGCGGCCUGAAGCCGCACGAGUCUUACGAGGCGUGGGUCACCGCCUCGACCAAGGUCGGCCAGGGAUCCAGCACGCCGGUCAUCAAACUCCAGCCCAGCGCCAACGUUCCAGCCGCUAUAAUAUCGUUCGGGAUGUCCAUCGUGGUGCCGUGGCGUAUGGAUGUUAACAUGGCUUGCCUGGUCGUCGGCGAUCCCAGACCGAGCGUCGAGUGGCGACGCGCCGACAUGAAGCUGCAGCAGAAGUCCGACGUGGGGCCGGACAAUACGCUGAUUCUGAGGAACGUACAGCGGAGUCACGAGGACAACUACUCGUGCCACGCGAAGAACUCGCUCGGCACCGACGAGAUAACGUACACCCUGCACAUACAGGUACCGCCGACGUCGCCGACCCUGCUGGCAACCGGCACGACGACCGACGCGAUUCAGCUACAAUGGAAGCAGGGCGACAACGGCGGCGCGCCUAUUAAAGGAUUCCUCCUGGCUUAUCGUCGGGAAUUCGCCGAAUGGGAGGAAGUCAUGCUGGAUCGCAGAGCGAGCACGCACCUCCUGGAAGGCUUGCAAUGCGGCACGCGGUAUCAGUUCACCCUCGCGGCGUUCAACCGGAUCGGCAGUGGGAGCGCGAGCGACAUACAGACCGCGAAGACGAACGGCUCGAAGCCGGUGCCGCCGCCGAAGCAUCACUUCGUCAGGGCGAACCAGACGUUCGUUAUUCUGGAACUGGCGGCGUGGCAAGACGGCGGUUGCCCGUUGACCUACUUCGUCGUCGAAUAUAGGAGGCUGCCCGGGGACUGGCUGCUCGUGUCCAAUAAUGUACCGCCGCAGUCGAAAUUUCCCAUCGUCGAUCUCGAGAGCGGCACCAGCUACGAGCUCCGUGUGACGGCUUACAACAACGCCGGUUCCACCCAGGCUGAGUACCUGUUCAGCACGCUGUCAACGAACGGGAACAACCGCUUGCACGAGGAUCAUCCGCAGGAGAGCGAGACCACACCUCUCUAUCUCGACGCGCACGUUUUGGCGCCCAGCGUCAUCUCGGUACUGGCUGUCAUCCUGGCGGUCGCCGGUGUGUGCUUCUGCCUCAAGACGCAUCCGGAGGGAUCCAGGGGCGCGAACGAUCCGAGCUCGCAAACACAGGCGGCUUUAGACAACAAACACAAUAUGGAACAGAGGGAACAGUACUACGCCACCGUGAGGAAACCGGGACAGCAGUCACCUUGCCGCGAGGAAAAUCUUUCGGCGAACCCCAUGAGACAGGCGUUCUUCUACGAACGCAGCGAGACGAUGCUGCAGGGUGCUCAAUGCGACGUGGACCAGUACACGAAGGUGCGGGGCCGGGCGCGACGCAAGUCGAAGUCAUUCAAGUCGGAAUCGGAGGAGUAUGACACGCUGGGCUCCGACAGCGACACGGAGGUCGGCACCAGCAGUCGCACCGAGUCGUCGAAUCAUCUGGACGACUCCGGUCCCACGUCGAUAAUGGCCCGCUCACCGGGGCCGAACUCCGUCAAUCAGAGGGAGCAGCGGCUCGCCCUGGUGCAGCGACCGGUUCAUCAUAAUGUGCUCUACCACACGCACGAAUCAAGUACAUCAACCGAGCCGUCACCAAUUUCUGAGAGGAAGACCUUCCCGAGGCUCGAAAAGCAAAGGAGUCGCGGCGUGAUACCAGACAUCGCGAUCGACGGUCGCAUUCCCGGCAUACUGCGGCCGGUGCUCAAGUUGUCGGAGUCCGGGAUGCAUUCGUACUCGCGAGGGGCCUCGCCGAGUCACCCGGUGCGUCCUGGUUCCUACGACAGGCUGGAGAAAGAGACGUCGAGCAGCAGGAAGUCCGUCGAGUCGCUGUGCCUCCUGGAGGAGCCGGCGGGCACGUUCAGAAUGAUGAGGAGGGACGACGAUUGGGGCAGCGAACUGUCUACGUUGGAAUUGAAGCCACCGAGCGGUUUCACGGACGUUCACGAGACCAGUGAGGCCGAGUGCGACAUCGACAUGAAGCUGAAGCUGCAGAGGAAGCGGACCGGCCUCCACUCGAACAACUCGCUCUCCAAAUCGCCCAAAGACUUCACUAUCACCGUCUAAGUGUGUUAAUCAAAUAUCGAAACAAAAAAAAACCAAGAGAAAUCGAAAAAGAAAAAGCAAAAAUGAACAAAAAAAAAAAGAACGGAAAACGAGAUUUCCAGUAAAGCAAAGCAAGCCAAAGCAUGAGUGUUAUUAAGUCAAGUAAGUUAUCCGAUUUUUCGCCAUCGAGAAUUCUCGCGAUCGCCAACACCGCUCUACGGAUAAGAUCUCUGGAUAUUUGUCUGUCGGGGCGACUAUUGUCAAAGAGUUCGUUUACAAAUAAAGACUUAUUUUUGUAAAAAAAAAAAGAAAAAGAAAAGGGAAAGAAAGAAGGAAAGGAAAAAAAAUAGAGAAAGAGAGAAUGAUAAAAAUUAGCCGCAUCCCCUCACCCGUUCCCAUUCGAUUCCGUCUUUAUGAAUUCAUCGCGAACGAUAAUGCACGGCGCAUUUACCUACCUUCGAAUCUUGCAUCGACGAGCACGAAGUUAGACAGUUAGCUGCACAGUUUCGUCGAGUAACGAGCGACCGAUGACGAUCGCUCGUUAACGCUUCAUCCUCAUUUCGCAUCUCGCGUGACUGAGCGUAGACAAUACAAACAAAACAAGAACCGCACGCAGCUUGAAGUAAGAAGUGUAUUACUACAUAUAGUCAUGGCCAUCGGUCGCAACAAUCAUUGCUUCGGGAGAGGGGCGCUAGUUCUACUUCUUCUCUAGCUAGGUGAGACGCCUACACGUUGACAAUAAAAAAGACACACUUCUCGUCGUGACAAUAAUAGUCUUGGCGCGUUUCGUGCUACGUCGUACGUAGAAAAGAGAUCCACUCACGAUUACUCCGUAGUAGAUCACUAGAUUUCACUGGAGAAUCGUUUCCCUGUGCAGAGACGUGAGAAUAUAUCUUCGAACGUGAAUACCUUCGGUGUAUCGCCGUGUAAGAGCGUGCGCCAGCUUUCGUGCGAAGAGACGUGCGAACUCCCGUCGAUGCCAACCGGUGACUCCCCCCGUUCACUUUGAGGAAAAAGGAGCGAUAAUUACGAAGUCGGAUAAUUAUCGAGAGGCUCACAACGACGAUGGUGACAACGGGACGCUUAACAACGAGUACAACGCAGCAGAGAUCGCGGACUAAGGACGUGUUAUUCAUAUAACUCAAAAUGAUGAAAAAAUUAUGAAGAAAUUACAAAUUGAUCUGCAUUGCAUUUAAAAGUGUCGCGAAAAGUUUGACAGUAAUUCAGAGCCUGAGAAUCAAAAGUUACUUCACUUUAAAGGAGGCUGUAAGGUGAAAUAAGUUUGGCAAGAAUUCGAUGAAAAUUGCGUAUGCGUUGAAAUAUUAUCUAAUUCAUUGCUCGGGCGAUUAGAAGAAGAUUGACCAUUCGAGAGCUGAGAUAUUUGUAACUAAAGUUGGCCCUUUUUAUACGUGUUUCCUCAGAGAUUGGCGUGCUACUUUUAAUUUCUAUUUUUAAUAUUUUCUAAACUAAAAGUAAGAUUUUAAUUAAAAAACUACUAUGGUGUUAAAGACUAAUGUGCAGACAUAUUACAAUACUACAAAUUUCAGAAUUAUUAACCAUUUUGUUUUAAAAAGCGGUGUAAAGUUCAUAAC